AUGGAUGAAGAAUACGACGUAAUCGUUUUGGGCACGGGCCUCACUGAAUGUAUUCUUUCAGGUUUACUAUCUGUAGAUGGACAAAAAGUCCUUCAUAUGGAUAGAAAUGAUUAUUACGGUGGUGACAGUGCUAGUUUGAAUCUUACUCAGCUAUAUCAACAAUUCCGUGGAACUCCCCCACCUGAAGCACUUCAACUCGGAAGAGAUCGAGAUUACGCAGUUGACUUGAUCCCCAAAUUCAUCUUAUCAUCAGGUGAAUUAACCAGAAUGUUAGUUCAUACAGAUGUCAUUAGAUAUCUGGAAUUCAAAGUUAUAGCUGGAUCUUACGUUUAUCGUGAUGGUAAAAUAUCAAAAGUACCCUCGACAGAAAUGGAAGCUGUCAUGUCACCUUUGAUGGGAUUCUUCGAAAAGAGAAGAGCCAAGAAUUUUUUCCAAUACUUACAAAAUUGGAAAGAAGCAGACCCUGCUACUCAUCAAGGCUUCGACGUAAACAAGAGUACCAUGAAAGAUCUUUAUGCUAAAUUCGGUCUUGAAGCUGGUACUCAAGAUUUCGUUGGCCAUGCUAUGGCUUUGUGGCUUGAUGAUGAUUACAUCACUAAACCUGCUAGACAAACCGUCGACCGAAUCAUCCUCUAUACCCAAUCCAUGGCAAGAUAUGGUAAAUCUCCUUACAUUUAUCCGCUUUACGGUUUAGGUGAAUUACCUCAAGCGUUCGCAAGAUUAUCUGCCAUUUACGGUGGAACAUACAUGUUAGACAAGAAGAUUGAAUCAGUUAAUGUCGAUCCUGAAACAGGUUAUUUCACAGGUGUCACAUCAGGUGGUGAAACCGUCAAAGCUAAAAAGGUUAUCGGAGAUCCAUCUUAUUUCGGUGCAGGUAAAGAUGAUUCUGCAGAAGGUGGUAAAAUUAGAGUUAUCGAAACUGGAAAAGUUAUAAGAGCAAUCUGUAUCUUGAAACAUCCUAUUCCGGGUACAGACAAUGCGGAUUCAGCUCAAAUUAUCAUUCCUCAAAAUCAAGUUGGAAGAAAGAAUGAUAUUUACAUCGCCGCUGUUUCUUCAGCUCAUAAUGUUGCAGCACCAAAUGUUUGGAUCGCUAUUGUAUCAACGAUCGUAGAAACUUCAGUUCCCGAGAGAGAAAUCUUACCCGGAUUACAAUUGUUGGGUAACGUCGUCGACAAAUUCAUCUCCAUUACCCCACUUUAUGCUCCCACUUCGCCCGGAACAAACGAUAACAUCUUCAUCACCAAAUCAUAUGACGCUACAUCUCAUUUCGAGACUGUCGUUGAGGACGUUUCGGACGUAUGGCAAAGAGUUAAAGGAGAAAAACUAGUGUUGAAGAAGAGAGAAGUUGAAGUCGAAGCUUAA